UAAUCAACAAAAGAUCUGAUACAGUGUGUCUCAAGAAGACCUGAUUUUUCUGUUCUGAUUAAAUCAGCUACCAUUACGUCCCUCCUCUUUUGUCCAUUGACCUUCCCUUUUGUAUUCAUUCUUCCACACCAGACUUCUUGUGCUAUUUCCAUUCAACGUCUUAAGAAUGAUGCAGCAACAUUUUAACAGGAUGGCCUGAAAACAAGGUGAUCACAGAAAUACAUCUACACUUCUGUAACAAGUAUAACAAUGCUGAGACCUUGACCACAGCUCUAACAGUCUGCCAUGUAUGAUCAUAGAUUUCACAGAAGACACAUAACUCGUUUUUUAUUAAUUGCAUUGGGUUUUUCCCCCCCAAUAGUUAUAAUUUGCAAGUUGUUUUGUAGAAUGCAUAACCUUAAAUUUUAUUUAUCUUGAAGCUUUGCUAAGAGCAGUAUUUAAUAAGUAGCCUCUAUUUUGUCUUUAUUUUGUAUAUUAUAUAACGUGCCAAAAAAUGUUUUGUUCCACCCAGUAUUACAGCUUGCUUGAGUGUGUGUGUGAGAGAGAGAGAGAAAAAAAAAAGAAAGAAAGAGAGAGAGAGAGAGAGAGAGAGAGAGAGAGAGUGUGUGUGUCUGUAUGUAGCUAAGAUAUAAGCCCCACCCUUUUUCAUGACAGAAUUAGAAGCUCCUGGAGUGACGUAUCUUCUUACACACCAUGCAGCAGCCUCCAAACAAAACAGAGUGACUUCUUCUCUGGAUAUGAUGAACAAAAACAGGAUUGACAGGGAAACAAUGGACAGAAAAUCUGACAGCGUAAUACCUAUUAUACAAGAUGACAGCCCUCGUUCUUUGGGUUUCUGUGGCUGGAUUUUACUCUUCAUCUCUGUCAUUUUCACCAUAGCCUUGUUUCCUGUCACCAUAUUCAUGUGCAUCAAGCUCGUCCAGGAGUAUGAGAGAGCUGUGAUCUAUCGUUUGGGUUGCAUUGUUGACAGGAAACCAAAAGGACCAGGAAUGUUUUUCGUGGUGCCGUGUAUUGAUACUUUUACAAAGGUGGACUUGAGAUCUAAGACAUUUGAGAUUCCACCUCAAGAGAUUCUGACAAAGGACUCGGUGACAGUGUCUGUAGAUGGUGUGGUUUACUUCCGGGUCAGUGACCCCAUCUUGUCUGUAGUUAAUGUGAGAAAUGCUGAUGAGGCAACCCGCCUGCUGGCACAGACCACACUGAGGAACGUCCUGGGCACUAAAAACCUGUCAGAAGUGCUAUCAGACAGAGAGGGCAUCUCCCAUAGCAUGCAGUUUGUCCUAGAUGAGGCCUCACAUCCAUGGGGUAUCAAGGUGGAGCGAGUGGAGAUUAAAGAUGUUAAACUCCCUCUUCAGCUCCAGAGAGCCAUGGCAGCUGAGGCUGAAGCCUCCAGAGAGGCUCGUGCUAAGGUGAUAGCAGCAGAGGGAGAGAUGAAUGCAUCACGGGCCUUAAAGGAGGCCUCUCUGGUCAUGUCUGAUUCACCUUCAGCUCUGCAGCUCCGUUACCUCCAGACACUCAACACCAUCUCAGCUGAGAAGAACUCCACCAUCAUCUUUCCCAUGCCCAUUGACAUAUUGCAGCACUUUGUGUCCCGUAAAUGAUGUUCAAUUAUAAGUCUUCAGUAACAGGUUGUACAUGUCAUUUCAUAUUGUCAUAUAUUAUCAAGGAGGGAACUCUGGACUUCAUUUCCCAGCAGCCACUGCACUAUACUACAUCAGUGUCACAUGACCACCUGCACCUGUAUCACGUUUUUUGUUUAACGAGCACUCAUAUAUAUAGCCACUGUUUGUACUGCUUCCUAGUCUUACAUAUUGUCUAUCCAUGCUUUUGUCCAAGCUUCACUGUUUAGUUUUGCCACUGUAUUUUGCCUCGUGUUAUUGUGUCUUUGUUUUUUGUCUGUUUGUUUAUUAAAUGUUUGAAAUCUGCGAUUGCUUCCGUCUCUACCUUUGAACCGUGACAGAACAUAAGACCUAAAACUCGGAAGC